CAAACCAGGAGAUUACAGAGUUGUAGUUGUGGCGACGAUGAGGCGCGUUUACAGCCGCUCAGAGCUUAGUGAUUCUGAAGGAGACGGUCAAGCUGAACAAGAUUUAGCGAAGCUUCAGAGGCAGUACCGACUUCUAGAAGGAAACAGAAAGCAAUACGACACCGAGGCACAGAACGCGAUUCGAAGACAAAGAGCGGCCAUUGAGGCUCUACAGAAGGAGAGCGAAGAGCUUUUGAAAGAUUUCAAACUAGCUUCAAGCCGCAAAAAUUCUGGCAAAGACACAAAGCACAUGCGUCAGAUGGUCACACUUCAGUCAAAACAAGAUGAAUAUGACGAGCAGAUACAAGCAGAGAAAGCUCAUUUCCGUGAUUUAGAGAAAGAGAUCAGAGCAAUGGAGAGGAAAAUAAGUCAGCAUCAUAAGCAGAUGGGCGGAGUCCACAUGAGUCAACAGCAGCAGGUUCGAAUACGAAAGCAAGUUCGCGUCUUGGAGAACAGGUUGGACAAGGCUCUUGUCAAGUUCAAUUCUGCUCUCGCCAAUAACAGUCAGUUACGAAAAAAUAUUGAUCACCUAAGGCAGGAGAAGAUGGUUUUUGAUCAAAUCUAUUGCAAGCUUGAACAAACUCUUUCUGAUAUCAAGAGGCAAUUAGGAGAACUGAUUGAGACUUCAAUACAGGCAUAUGAUACUCGUGAUGAAGCACGAGGCAAGAUGUUAGCCUUGAGGGAACGAGCUGACAAAGAACUUGCACAACACACCAUGGACAUGAAGGAACUAAUGAGAGCAAUUGACUACGAUCGAAAGCUGAACGAAUUCAUGGCAGUCAAAGACUUUGAACGACUGGAGAUGGAAGAAGCUGCACAACAGCAGAGAAGACUAAAAGGUGAAGGAGAGAAAGGAGACAAAGCAGAGGAGACGCUAGAGACAUAUGAAGCCGCGUUUACAAAGAUUAUGCAGGUGGCUGAGAUUGAUGAUAUUGAUAAGCUAGUGGCACGAUUUAUUGAAGUUGAAGAUGAGAACUUUGCAUUGUUCAACUUCGUGAAUGAACUCAACAAUGACAAGGAAGUUUUGAAUGAACAAAUUGCUGAGGUGAAAAGCAAUAUUGAGAAUUUCAAGACUGAAGGACAAAACAUGGAGCAGCAACGAAAAUCUAUUAUGACAGAUCUUGAGAAACAACUGCAAAGUGUCGAACGUGAGAUGAAGCAUCAUGAAAUGAGGCACGCUCAAAAUUCUAAAGUGCUUGAUCAACUAAAGUCAGGUGUGGACUCCCUCUUUACAAAGAUUGACUGCGAUCGUUCUGCCAUUACCGACUUGCUGGGUGGUCAAGCCGGCAUCACAGAUCUCAACCUAAUGCAGUUUCUUGGAAUCAUUGAGCAACGAGUCAACGAGCUUCUUCACUUACAAACGUUUAUCUUGCUCAAAGAGCAGGAAGAUGCCGCAACGUUGCAGACAACCUCGUCACAAGUUCACUUGCCAACGGUGCACAAGCCACUGCCACAGAUUGGUGCUAUUACUGUGGUUCCUCCGGCUACGGGUGAUGAUUACGAAUCGGACGUUUCAUCUGUCGUUAGCGAUGACGAGUCACGACCGCUUACACAAGAGGAACUGAAAGCCAAGAUUCUUCGUGAAUUGGCUCGUAAAGAAAAGAUGCCGCAGAAGACUGCCGCUUCAGCAGCCUCAGAAAAAGCGCCACUGCCCGGAAAGCCCACGAAGACACCCGAGAAAGGAAGGAAGAAGGCGGUCACAAAGGCCUGACUGUCAAAACAGUUACAGUAAACUUUGCUUGCAUGAUAGUUUCCGUUUAGACAUGACAGUCACGUAAACCACUCUCAGGAUCGAGAAAUAAAUAGUUAUUGUCUAGUGUACAA